UUUUCAAAACAGAGUAGCCGUUUAAUUUUUUUCUUUACUUCAAAAGCUUCUCAAACAACCUACUCGACGCACAUCGACGCCAUGAAUCUUAGCUACGAACAGAAGCUUCAAGUUGUUACAAAAAUCAUACUAGAUGACGAGGCACGCGCCUGCGACGCGCCACCGUGCGAGGAAGAGCUCGGACUCAAGGCAACCCUUAAGCCGCACCAGGUGGAAGGGGUUUCCUGGCUAAUACGGAGGUACAAACUCGGCGUCAACGUUGUCCUCGGGGAUGAGAUGGGACUGGGCAAGACUUUGCAGGCUAUCUCCUUUUUAAGCUAUUUAAAAGUGUGCCGGUUGUCUGAUGGGCCAUUUUUGGUAAUAUGUCCUCUAAGUGUGACUGAGGGUUGGGUGCUAGAGAUAGUCAAAUUUACCCCUAAACUAACAGUCCUCAAAUAUGUUGGUGAUAAAGAAAAUAGGUGCAAUCUACGCAUGAAAAUACGUGAACAUGUAGCAAGACAGUCAUCAACAAUGAAUGUCUUGUUGCCUUUUGAUGUGCUAUUAACUUCAUAUGACAUUGCACUGGUGGAUCAGGAUUUUCUUUCUCAAAUACCAUGGCAGUAUGCAAUCAUUGAUGAAGCUCAGAGACUUAAAAAUCCAUCUAGUGUUUUAUUUAACAUUCUCAAAGAUCGCUACAUAAUGCCAAGACGAUUGUUGAUGACCGGCACACCUAUUCAAAAUAAUCUGUCUGAACUAUGGGCUUUGAUGUAUUUUUGCAUGCCUUCUGUCUUUGGUACACUGGAUCAGUUCCUUUCUACGUUUAAGGACAUCAGUGAUCUUUCAUCAGUUCAUGAUGCUCCAAAGGUAAAGGAGAGGCUUAAUAUUUUAAGAAGUAUAUUGGGAGCUUUUAUGCUUCGACGUACCAAGUCAAAGCUUAUCGAGUGUGGAAAUUUAGUGCUACCACCUCUCACCGAAACAACCGUGUUAGUUCCCCUUGUCAUCCUGCAGAAAAAGGUCUAUAUUUCAAUAUUGAGGAAAGAACUCCAUAAGCUACUUGCACUAUCAUCUGGAACUUCAAAUCACCAGUCACUACAGAAUAUUGUGAUACAGCUAAGAAAGGCAUGCAGCCAUCCUUAUCUCUUUCCAGGUAUUGAGCCUGAACCUUAUGAAGAAGGUGAACAUCUAGUUCAGGCCAGUGGUAAACUACUUAUUCUGGACCAACUUCUUCAGAAGUUACAUUAUUCUGGACACCGUGUUCUUCUUUUUGCUCAGAUGACCCAUACACUUGACAUUUUGCAAGAUUUUCUGGAGUUGCGAAAGUAUUCUUAUGAACGUCUUGAUGGAUCAAUUAGGGCUGAGGAACGUUUUGCUGCUAUAAGAAGUUUCAGUAGCUCAUCAGCUACUUCAGGCUUGACUUCUGAAGCUGAACAAAAUGGAGCGUUUGUGUUUAUGAUCUCAACACGAGCAGGGGGAGUUGGUUUGAAUCUUGUGGCUGCUGAUACUGUUAUAUUCUAUGAGCAAGAUUGGAAUCCUCAGGUGGACAAGCAAGCUUUGCAGAGAGCACAUAGAAUUGGCCAGAUGAACCAUGUGUUGUGCAUAAACCUUGUUACAGAGAAGACGGUGGAGGAAGUAAUUAUGCGGAGGGCAGAAAGAAAAUUGCUUCUGAGCAUCAAUGUUACUGGUGAUAACAUUAUCAAAAACAACGAUGAAGAAACAUCUGAAGUUGGAACUGGUGAUUUGAAAUCCAUCAUAUUUGGGUUACAUAUGUUAAAUCCCACUGAGAUUACUGACGGAAAUCAUAGGGAUAUGAACUUACCAGAAAUUAGUGUUAUGGCUGACAAGGUGCUUGCCUUGCGUGAUAAACAAAUACGCAAUACGGAUGAUAGGAAAUUUGAGGUCAAUCCAAGAAACAUUUUACAAGGUGAUGAUGUUAAGGAAGGAGGUACUACUUUUUCUCACGAUCUUGGUCUUGACGAGGCUUCAUAUCUUUCUUGGGUUACAAAAUUUGAGGAAGUGUCUAAGUCAAGUUGCAACUCAAUGAUGGACUGGAGGAGCAAAAGAAACUCAGAAGAGGAAAAGAGUCUAAAACUUGAGUCUGCAAGGAAGAAGGCAGAGGAAAAGAAGCUAUCCAGGUGGAAAGCUCUUGGAUAUCAAUCAUUGAGUGUAAAAGAACCUCUCACCCAAACAGACAAUGACAUUACAUCAGCAACUGGGUCUGUUCAUUUUCUGUAUGGAGAUUGUACAACUCCAUCAAAUGUUUGUUCAUCUGAACCUGCUAUGAUUUUCAGCUGUGUUGACACCUCUGGACAUUGGGGCCACGGUGGAAUGUUUGAUGCACUGUCCAAACUUUCUACAAGCAUUGGUGAUGCAUAUGAACGGGCUUCUGAGCAUGGGGAUCUGCAUCUUGGUGAUCUGCAUCUUAUAAGGCUUGAUGAUGGUUGUGAAGAACAAGAUAUGAAUGGAAAUACUCCCAAGAUGGUUGCUUUAGCUGUGGUUCAGUCAUAUAAUCUAAGGCGCAAAAUUCCACGCAGUGAAAUCUCACUUCCCCAUUUGGAAAGCUGCUUAUCAAAGGCAGCAUUCUCAGCAGCUCAGAAUUCUGCAUCAAUACACAUGCCACGAAUUGGUUAUCAAGAUGGAUCUGAUCGUUCUGAGUGGUACACCAUAGAACGACUCCUCAGAAAAUAUGCUUCCAUUUACAACAUUAAUAUUUAUGUAUAUUAUUAUCGAAGAUCAAGUUAAGGCUCUUACUUCCUAAACUCAAUAUAGUUUCUCAUGAGAAGACCAUUGAAGACGUGUUGUUGUAGUAAGGUGUUUUGUAUGCACACAUGUAUGUGUAUAAUAAAGACAAUUUAGGCAAUUGAAACGAGUUUAGUUUCUUCCAAAUCAAAUAUGCAAGCAAUUUAGAAUAUCACUACUUCUAGACUCAAAUGUAAGCAAAAAAUAUAUGUACUGUGUGUGGAUUUAAAUAUAGAUAGAUUUCAAUUUCCUAAA